CAGGUACUGUGCCCAGCGGUUUUGUAGGACAGCAGCAUGGAGUCCCUCUUCCCUGCCCCAUUCUGGGAGGUUCUCUAUGGCAGCCACCUGCAGGACAACCUAUCUCUCCUGAGCACUAACCACAGCCUGCUGCCGCCCCAUCUGCCACCCCAUCUGCUGCUCAACUCCAGCCACAGUGCCUUCCUGCCCCUUGGGCUCAAGGUCACCAUUGUGGGGCUCUACCUGGCUGUAUGUGUCGGGGGGCUGCUGGGGAACUGCCUCGUCAUGUAUGUCAUCCUCAGGCACACCAAGAUGAAGACAGCUACCAACAUUUACAUCUUUAACCUGGCCCUGGCAGACACCCUUGUCUUGCUAACACUGCCCUUCCAGGGGACAGACAUCCUCCUGGGCUUCUGGCCAUUUGGGAAUGCUCUGUGCAAGACAGUCAUUGCCAUUGACUACUACAACAUGUUCACCAGCACCUUUACCCUGACCGCCAUGAGUGUAGACCGCUAUGUAGCCAUCUGCCACCCCAUCCGUGCCCUCGAUGUCCGGACAUCCAGCAAGGCCCAGGCUAUCAAUGUGGCCAUCUGGGCCCUGGCCUCUGUUGUUGGUGUUCCUGUUGCCAUCAUGGGCUCGGCACAGGUUGAAGAUGAAGAGAUCGAGUGCCUGGUGGAGAUCCCCUCCCCACAGGACUACUGGGGCCCUGUGUUUGCUGUCUGCAUCUUCCUCUUCUCUUUCAUCAUCCCCGUGCUCAUCAUCUCUGUCUGCUACAGCCUCAUGAUCCGCCGACUCCGUGGCGUGCGCCUGCUCUCAGGCUCCCGCGAGAAGGACCGGAACCUGCGACGCAUCACCCGGCUGGUGCUGGUGGUGGUGGCCGUGUUUGUGGGCUGCUGGGCACCUGUCCAGGUCUUUGUGCUGGUGCAGGGCUUGGGUGUUCAGCCAGGCAGCGAGACUGCAGUGGCUGUUCUGCGUUUCUGCACAGCCCUGGGCUAUGUCAAUAGCUGCCUCAACCCUAUCCUGUAUGCCUUUCUGGAUGAGAACUUCAAGGCCUGCUUCCGGAAGUUCUGCUGUGCGUCUGUCCUUCGGCGGGAUGUGCAGAUGUCUGACCGUGUGCGCAGCAUUGCCAAGGAUGUGGCCCUGGCCUGCAAGACCUCUGAGACUGUCCCACGGCCUGCAUGACUAGGCGUGGACCUGCCCAUGGUGCCUGUCAGCCCGCAGAGCCCAUCUACACCCAACACAGAGCUCACCCAGGUUACUGCGCUCUAGGCUGACACAAUGUGAGCCUUGAGAACCCAGAGCCUUGAAUGAGCUUUCCCUUUAGCCCAGAGAUGCUCGGUCCCAGAGGAGGACCUAGUGACAUCAUGGGAUAGGUCACAGCAUGAAGGCUACCUCUGUGCCCCAGUUAGAUUAAAGCUGCCUUCCCAGUGUAGGGCUUAGAGGGACAUAGGACUUCACCUGGAAGCAUCCACUGAUGCCAUGAGC